AUGGGAUUCGAGGCCCUUUCUAAACUCGCUGCGGCCGGUGAGGCUGCCUAUCACAAUCUGUCCAAGAAAUGGGAGGACCGCAAAGCGCGAUACGCCCAUGAUGAGCAGGAUGCAAAGCUCAGAGAAGAGAUUCGCUUGCGAAAUGAGUUUCUCGGUCUGGUCACGAGCAAGAUGACGGGUGACUCGGCUUACGAAAUGGCUCCGCUAAGAUGCGACCCUCGCAGCAAUCACAAGGCCGUGUUCCUGGUGACGACGCCCAUCGCGUUUGGAAAGUUUGCGUUGUCCGAGGCAAGCUACAAGCUCUUGGCCAGGCACGUCGGCAUGAGUCUCAACAGUGUGAGCCACUGGGCUGUUUGCGUGAUCGACAGGGGGCUGGGCAAGGAUUACUGCUACGAUUUAAUGAGCGACCGUCUGGAAUUGAGUGCCCUGGGCAAAAACUACUUUCGUGUCGCUGUGAUUACGCCCGAGUUUAUUGACACGUGGAGUUCUUGCUAUUACAUUGGCGAAACAACAAAGUCGCACCAGGAGAUUCAGGAUCUAGGCCGACAUCACAUGGAACUGAAUCCUCGAUAUCAUUUAUUAUCUAACAACUGCCAACAUUUGGUGGACACACUUGUCAAGGAGCUAUGCAACGGCAAGGUCAUCAGUCAAGCCAAGUUGGACGAGGAACUAUCUCUAGCCUCUCCAAAGAUUGCGCGCGACCUGAUGAUAGCGCGGCUGAGAUCUAAAAUGGACGUGGGAGGUGAGAGCGAGGACAGUACCUCGGUUAAGGAAUACUUGGGGGCAUUAAAGAAGCACUGGGGAGAUAAGUGA